UUCUCCUGGACUUCUCUGGACACCUUUAGGCGAUCGUGCUGACAUCCAGUCUGUCUUCCACCUGAUAGGUCUCCAGUGGGUGGCUGCAAACAUGAGGCGCUUCCUGAGACCAGGGCACGACCCUACGCGGGAGAGGCUCAGGCGGGACCUGUUCCAAUUUAACAAGACAGUGGAGCAUGGCUUCCCGCACCAGCCCAGUGCCCUCGGCUACAGCCCCUCCCUGCGCAUCCUGGCCAUUGGCACUCGCUCCGGAGCUGUCAAGCUCUACGGCGCCCCCGGGGUGGAGUUCAUGGGACUCCAUCGGGAGAACAAUGCUGUGGUGCAGAUCCACUUCCUGCCUGGCCAGUGCAAGCUGGUCACCCUACUGGAUGACAACAGUCUGCACUUGUGGAGCCUGAAGGUCAAGGACGGAGUGUCAGAGCUGCAGGAGGAUGAGAGCUUCACCCUGCGUGGCUCCCCAGGGGCUGCUCCCAGUGCCACGCAGAUCACUGUGGUCCUGCCUCACUCUUCCCAAGAGCUCCUCUACCUGGGCACUGAGAGCGGCAGCGUGUUUGGGGUACAGCUGCCCAGCUUCCGCGUGCUGGAGGACCGGAUCAUCAGCUCAGAUGCCGUGCUGCAGAGGCUGCCCGAGGAGGCCCGCCAGCGGCGAGUGUUUGAGAUGGUGGAGGCUCUGCAGGAGCACCCUCGAGACCCCAACCAGAUUCUGAUUGGCUACAGCCGGGGCCUGGUCAUCAUCUGGGAUGUGCGGGGCAGCCAUGUGCUCCACCAUUUCCUCAGCAGCCAGCAACUGGAGAACGUCAGCUGGCAGCGGGAUGGCCGCCUGAUUGUCACCUGCCACUCCGAUGGCAGCCAUUGCCAGUGGCCCGUGUCCAGUGACACCCAGCAAGCAGAGCCGCUGCGCAGCUCCAUGCCUUAUGGUCCAUUUCCUUGCAAAGCUAUUACCAAAAUCUUCUGGCUGACCACCAAACAGGGGUUGCCCUUCACCAUCUUCCAGGGUGGCAUGCCACGGGCCAGCUAUGGGGACCGCCACUGCAUCUCCGUGGUCCACAACAGCCAGCAGACGGCCUUCGACUUCACUUCCCGCGUCAUUGACUUCACUGUCCUCUCUGAGGCGGACCCUGCAGCUGCUUUCGAUGACCCCUACGCCCUGGUGGUGCUGGCUGAGGAGGAGCUAGUGGUGAUUGACCUGCAGGCGGCAGGCUGGCCCCAAGUCCAGCCACCCUACCUGGCUUCCCUGCACUGCUCGGCCAUCACCUGCUCCCACCACGUGUCCAACAUCCCCCUGAAGCUGUGGGAACGUGUCAUUGCCACGGGCAGCCGGCAGAACGCACACUUCUCCACCAUGAAGUGGCCCAUUGAUGGUGGCACCACCCUGGCCCCACCUCCACCCCAGAGGGACCUGCUGCUUACAGGGCACGAGGAUGGCACGGUACGGUUCUGGGAUGCCUCGGGUGUCUGCUUGCGGCUGCUGUACAGACUCAGCACGGUGCGGGUGUUCCUCACGGACACGGACGCCAGCGAGAGCCUCAAUGCCCAGGGCGAGGAGGAGUGGCCCCCGCUGCGCAAGGUGGGCUCCUUUGACCCCUACAGUGACGAUCCCCGGCUGGGCAUCCAGAAGAUCUUCCUCUGCAAGUACAGCGGCUACCUGGCUGUAGCAGGCACGGCAGGACAGGUGCUGGUGCUGGAGCUAAAUGACGAGGCAGCAGAGCACGCUGUGGAACAGGUGGAAGUCGACCUGCUGCAGGACCAAGAAGGCUACCGCUGGAAGGGCCACGAACGCCUGGCUGCCCGCUCAGGGCCUGUACACUUUGAGCCCGGUUUCCAGCCCUUCGUGUUGGUGCAGUGCCAGCCCCCGGCUGUGGUCACCUCCUUGGCUCUGCACUCUGAGUGGAGGCUUGUGGCGUUUGGCACCAGCCACGGUUUUGGCCUCUUUGAUCACCAGCAGAGGCGGCAGGUCUUUGUUAAGUGCACCCUGCACCCCAGUGACCAACUAGCCUUAGAGGGCCCGCUGUCCCGCGUGAAGUCCCUCAAGAAGUCCCUGCGUCAGUCCUUCCGCCGGAUGCGCCGCAGUAGAGUGUCCAGCCGGAAGCGCCGGCCAGCCGGUGCCCCAGGAGAGAUGCAGACAGCAGGCACCAAGGCAGAGCGGACAGGCCUGCAGAACAUGGAGCUGGCGCCCGUGCAGCGCAAGAUUGAGGCCCGCUCAGCUGAGGACUCCUUCACGGGCUUUGUCCGGACCCUCUACUUCGCUGACACCUACCUGAGGGACAGCUCCCGCCACUGCCCCUCACUGUGGGCUGGCACCAAUGGAGGCACCGUCUACGCCUUCUCCCUGCGUGUGCCCCCUGCUGAGCGGAGAAUGGAUGAGCUGGUGUGGGCAGAGCAGGCCAAGGAGAUCCAGCUGAUGCACAGAGCACCUGUGGUUGGCAUCCUGGUGCUCGACGGACGCAGUGUACCCCUUCCUGAGCCCCUGGAAGUGGCCCAUGACCUGUCGAAGAGCCCAGACAUGCAGGGAAGCCACCAGCUGCUUGUGGUGUCAGAGGAGCAAUUCAAGGUGUUCACACUGCCCAAGGUGAGUGCCAAGCUCAAGCUGAAGCUCACGGCCCUGGAGGGCUCACGGGUGAGGCGGGUUGGCGUGGCCCACUUCGGCAGCUGUCGGGCUGAAGACUACGGGGAGCACCACCUGGCAGUUCUCACCAACCUGGGCGACAUCCAGGUGGUCUCGCUGCCCCUGCUCAAGCCCCAGGUUCGAUACAGCUGCAUUCGUCGGGAGGACGUCAGUGGCAUCGCCUCCUGCGUCUUCACCAAAUAUGGCCAAGGUUUCUACCUGAUUUCACCCUCAGAGUUCGAGCGCUUUUCUCUUUCCACCAAGUGGCUGGUAGAGCCACGGUGUCUUGUGGAUUCAGCCAAAACCAGGAACCACAGUCGCCCAAGCAAUGGCAACAGCAUGGGUCCUGAGAAGGCUGUGGGCAGAGCCAGGAGUUCGGGAAGCCAGAGUGAUGGAGAAGAGAAGAAGCCCGGCCCAGUGAUGGAGCAUGCACUGCUCAAUGAUGAGCGAGUCCUGAAGGAGAUCCAGAGCACACUGGAGGGGAACCGGGGGAGCUAUGGCAACUGGCGUUCUCACCAGGUGGCCGUGGGAUGUGGCCUCAGCAAUGGUGGAGGACGGUCCUGAGUUGCGGUCCCCUCUCGACCUCACAUAACAGAGUGAGCUAAGUGAGCAGGAUGCACCUCCAGGCUGUGCAGUGAACACUACUGAGGGCCCUUCCUCCGGGUUCACUCGAACUGGAGAGGCCCAUGAACUGUUCCAGGCCAGUAGCUGUGCACCCCAGGGCUCCACUCUGCUGCUGCUCCCGGCUUCUGGAGAGGAGAGACCUGCCUUGGGGCUGCCCCUCCUGGGCCUUGUCUGUCUCAGUCCUUUGUCAAUGUUGCACAGUUUUUAUCCCUCCCCCCUUUUGUAGUGGGCUGGGUUUUAAAUUAUAAAUUUUAACUGUCUCUGGGUGAAACAGAGUUUUUAAUAAACACCUUAU